AUGCAUAGAAAAGUAAUCUUAUUAUUAACAGUCUCUUUACUACUUCGAAUUGGAUUCUUUUCUUACGGUAUUUUCCAAGACUCGCAUUUUGACGUUAAAUAUACUGAUAUCGAUUACUUUGUCUUUCAUGAUGCAGCUGGUUACGUUAACAAUGGACAAUCCCCUUAUUUGCGUGAUACAUACAGGUACACACCUUUAUUGAGCUUCUUGUUACUACCCAAUUAUUAUCUAAAGUGGAUUCAUAUGGGGAAAGUCUUCUUUGUUUUAUUUGAUCUCAUUACAGGUGUGAUGAUCAUAAAACUAUUACAAGGUUCAUGUCAAUUGACAAAACAGCUAAUUCUAGCUUCUAUUUGGUUAUUGAACCCGAUUGUUAUAACGAUAAGUACUCGAGGAAACGCUGAAUCGGUUUUAUGUUUUUUGAUCAUAUGUGCUUUAUACUUUUUGAAAAGAGACAGGUUACUUAUUUCAGGACUUUUCUAUGGGUUAUCGAUUCAUUUCAAGAUCUAUCCGAUAAUCUAUGCGCUACCGAUCGGAAUAUAUCUCUUGUUGUCGAGUCACAAUAGAAACUGCAUUUGGCGAUUGUUCAUGAUAGGGAUAUCGACGCUAAUCGGCAUAACUGCGCCGACGUAUUUCAUGUACAAGCUUUACGGGAGCGAAUUUAUCGAACACUCGUACAUGUACCAUCUCACGAGAACAGACCACAGACACAAUUUUUCGAUUUGGAACCUGGUCUUACUCUUAGAAUCUGCUGGUAUUCAUCUUUCCCAAUCUAUCGAACUAUCUAAGCUGGCAUUCGUUCCUCAAUUGACACUAUGUGCAGUACUACCUUAUCUAUUGUGGAAAUCACAGACGUUCGAAAAUUUAAUGAAUGUCCUAUUCGUACAAACAUACGCAUUCGUUACUUUCAAUAAAGUAUGCACUUCUCAAUAUUUCAUUUGGUAUUUGGUAUUAUCCCCAUUUUAUUUCGCAAAUACAACCAUUACAUGGAGAAAAGGUGUGGUCUGUAUAUUUUUAUGGAUAUUGUCUCAAGCCGUAUGGCUUUCACAAGCAUAUCUACUUGAAUUCAAAGGCCAAAAUGUAUUUUUCCCCAACUUAUUCUUUGGCAAUAUAGUGUUUUUCCUCAUCAACGUCUAUCUACUCGGUGUCUUUAUCACUGACAUCAAAUCCAGAACGUCAUUCCAAGACAAUCAACAUAAGAAGAAUAUAUAA